AAAUCCAUGGCUGCCUCAUGUUCAAAUGGGUCAAAUACACAAUCCUACAACUAUGGUUCUUUCGUUUCCAAUGGAAUUAGUGAGCUGGCAAAUUGUGCUUGUGGUUUGAAACCUGUGAGGCGCACAGUGACAAAAUGGGGUCCGAACAGAGGAAGAAAGUUUUGGGGUUGUAGGAAUUUUGUGAGUCAUGAUAUUGAAUGUAGAUGCAAUUACUUUGUUUGGGAUUCAGACUAUAUGCCUCAAACACAACAGAGAACUCCACAACAACUACAUACACAAUGUUUAGAGUGCCCCCAAAAGGAGUUGGAGAUUAUGACUCUUAGGAAUGUCAUUUUGAAGAUGCAUGGAGAUCACAAGUCAACCAUUAUUAAGAUGAAGUUGCUGCUAUUUUUAUGCGUUUUGUUUGGUGUAGCAUGUGUUGUUUUAUUGUUGAUCUUAGCUCUAAAAUGAGCUUAUUGUAGUAGAUGUAAUUUUCUUGAGGUUGAUGUAGUAGAUUUGUUGUAAGUAUGUAGUUAUGAUAGAGUUUGUUGUAUGGAAUUUGGAACUAUUAAUGUAAUUUUCUUUUGCAUCAAUUGUGGCUCCAAUGUUCUUGGUUGUUA